AUGCCACCAAGGACUUCGCUCCUACCAUCAAAUAUAAACGUAAGAUACCUCUAUUUUUUUGCUACCCAUGGCUUCUGGCUUACGAUCCUUCUCCUUGUACUCAUCAACUUUCUCCUAUCAUGCAUACUGUCAUUAUCACCUCUAGCAAUCCUCCCUGCCCAUCUUAUAGCUUUACGAACCUUACUCGGCGAUCCAACGGCCAGCUUUCGCUCGCGCGAGCAAGCACUCGCCAUACCUCUCAUUAUGGACCGCAAGCUGGACUUGUUGGUCAUCAUGCCAACGGGUAUGGGCAAGAGUGUGCUCUUUUCUUUGCCCCCGCUCCUUGAGGAAGACAAACUCACGAUCGUCUUUGUUCCUCUUGUGGCGCUGGUCGCUGACCACAUGCGUCGUUUGACAGAAUGCGGCAUUUCUGUUGCGGAAUGGCAAGGUUAG